GACCACAUAACAUGCAUUGAUAGCUCACUGACCAUCGUUGCACCUCCACUGACAAGCAUCGUCCCACGUGGCACGGAGAUUGAUGCGUUUUCCGAACGUUCCGCGAUUUUUUUAGGACCUGCAAUUCAGCUUUGCAUCAUCAUCUCGCAGAGCAUUGGUAGAUCUUCGUGUAUUGGAGAGGACUCAAGAAUCAGGAUCGACGCUUACGGAGAGAUUUGUCUAAUUGAGCCAUGGUCGCGGACAGGACAUAUUAUGACCUCUUGGAGGUUUCCAUAGAUGCGGAUGAAGUAGAGAUCAAGCGGGCUUACAAGCGGAAGGCUAUGCUGCAUCAUCCGGACAAGAACCCUGACGACCCUCAAGCACAUGAGAUGUUCCAGAAGAUCGGACAAGCAUACGAGACGCUCUGUGAUCCUAACAAUCGCGCAGCGUACGAUGAAUAUGGACCGGAUGGCGCUCCUAGAGGAUUCGAUGGUGGAGUCGACAUGGACGAUAUAUUUGCAGAAAUGUUUGGAGGGGCGUCAUUCGGUUUCGGGGGAGGUUUCAGCUUUGAUUCAGCGGGUCCCGGACCUAGCCGUCGAAAACCUACCCGUGGACCUGAUACCGUUGUCGAUUACAACGUCACGCUGGAGGAAGCAUAUAAGGGCAAACGGGUAGUGAUGGGUCUCGAGAGGGAUCGUGUGUGUAGCCAUUGUCACGGAAGUGGAGCCAGGACGGGAGUCAAGCCAAGCAAGUGUAAGACGUGUGAUGGUAAGGGAUCCGUCAUUGCGGAUAGGCAUCUUGGUCCUGGUCUAGUGGGAAAGAUGAAAGUCACUUGUACCGAUUGUCAUGGGGAAGGCACACGUUUGAGGGAUAAGGAAAAGUGCAAAAAGUGUAAAGGAGCCAAAGUGCUCAGAGAUAAGAAAAGAGUCGAAUUCCACAUCCAACCUGGAACCGAGGACGGCGAGCGGAUAGCCCUGAAAGGAGAGGGUGACGAGGCGCCCGACAUACCCCCGGGCGAUGUCAUUUUCCACAUUCACCAUAAAACACAUCCUUUCCUCCGACCGCAUCCAUCUCAUCCCUCCAAUCUACGGACGACUGUCCGUAUAUCCCUCUCAGAGGCACUACUAGGAUUCAGCAGGGUCUUUUUCGUGCAUUUAGACGGACGAGGGAUCCGCAUAGAUUCAGGUCGAGGCGAACGAGUUAUCAACCCUGGAGAUGAAUGGCUCAUCCGAGGCGAAGGGAUGCCCAGGAUAGGGAGGGAAGAUAAAGGGGAUCUGUAUGUCAAGUUUGAAGUAGAGAUGCCUGGGGCCAGCUGGGCCGCAAGGCAGGAUCCAAGCGGCACAACGGUUCAAUUGCCGCCAGCUUUACCCGAAAUGAGUCCGUUACCCGAUACUGUGGAGACGAGGUACCUGUCGCCCGUGAGGAGGUGACGGCAAUUCGUGGCGCUGCAACAUCAUCUCAGUACAGUUCAGUUCAGCAUCGACAUCACCCCAAGUCCCAUCUCAUCAAUGUCCAGGCAUAUGCAUCCUUAAAAUACAAC